UGCACACUCUGGCUACCAUCUAUCUCUGAUUUCAUUAAUUCAUUUAUGCAUUUCCGGUGGACCAGUCUCCGGCUGUGUGGGGCUUUGUUUCUACUUUUUGUUGUGUCGUGGAGCAGUUGGGCUUGGCAGCAGAGAAGGUUUUUCCUAGCUCAUUCCCCAGCCACUAGUGCAGAAGCCGACGUGGAUGCCGACCCUGUGGCCACCAUCGAGUUUUCAACACAUCCAGUGAUGGAGUCAUUGUGUCGUACGUCGUCUACAUCCAUAAUCGUGGGACCAGUCGCUGGCGAUGGUGGGUCUUUUGCUUCCAACUGGCUUUGUUUUAGAACAGUGAUCGGGGUUGUGUUAUUGCCCUCGUUUGUCGCUGUUGUUUGAAAAGGUCCUUUGGCACUUCUCAAUUUAUCCUGAACUCUCACUAUCUCUCUCUUUUGCUUUUCACACCACGAACAAAAGGGUUUAAUGUUAAUUUGUCAGGCCAGUUACCUUUGCAAAUUGUAUGUUUGCAGCCGUGGAGAGUUUACAGCGAUCCGUGAUUUUGUUUUCCUUAUAAUACUGUUAUGUGCGUGCAAUUACGUUACAGUUAUCGGAUGUUUUAGAACCAAGUAUAGAGCAUACAAAAUAACAGUACUGGUAUGUUUUCGAAGUAGUAAAUUUAUUCAUGGAUUGUAUAUGAGUGCUGAAUUACCCAAAGUAUAUUGAAAUGUGGUCAUUGUGUUGUUAUU